UUAUGCAUACAGCAUGGUAUCCAGUGCAGGCCUUCAGCAGAUUCAAACAUUUUUUAAUUGAGUAACUAGUUUAUUCUGAGUUCAACAUACAGAAAUAGCUAAUCCUCCUACGGUUCUCAAAAUACGGAUCAUAUAUCCUGCGGCUCAGAAAAGGGAGUCCGGAAAUAGAGAGCAUGAGAAAACAUCUAAAUCCUCUCCUGGACACCUUCCAAGAGGCAGGCUGAAUCAUCCUUCAGCCCCAGAGAAGGGGAAGCCAAUUUCAGGUGUUCAGACUCUGUUUUUAACAGGAACCCAGACUAAGGAGUUGGCAUUGGAAAUCAGACUGAGGAUGGGAUUGAGGAUCUCACUGGCCAAUAGGCAAGAAGACUGUGGCGAGUGGUUUUUUUGGUCAAAUUAUCACAAUUCAGAUAACUUGAAAUUAUCAAUCACUGUAUGGAUGUACUAACUGGAUAUACAGAACAUCCAUUCAUCCAUUAUUUAUGCAUUUGUACCUUCAUCACUUAUCCAUAUAUUUGCGUAUCUGCUAGAAACUCAAAGACAAGUACAAUGCUGUGUCCUUAAAAGAUUUAAAGUUCCCCGAGGAAACAGUUAGUGUUAUAACUGUCCCUGGGCCUGGAGCUCCUGAGCUAAUCAAUAAGGCCACCGGAGCAGACCGAAGACAGUGGUUUAACCAGACCUGAAAAGAUAAAUAUGAAUUUAGAUUCCAUUCAUCGGUUAAUUGAGGAAACACACAUCUUCCAGAUGCGGGAGCCAUCAGUUAAACCACCUUGUGACAUGUUAGCACCUGCUUCAUCCCCCAAGGACACUUGUCCUUCCUGUUUGCCACAUCAGGGACUGCAAUCACGUGCCGCUCACAACUUCUGCGCUCACUCCUGUAACACCAGUGAGUGGAAUAUUUGCGAAGAGCUUCGCCUGAGGGAACUUGAAGAAGUCAAGGCCAGAGCUGCCCAGAUGGAGAAGACCAUGAGGUGGUGGUCAGACUGCACUGCCAAUUGGAGAGAAAAAUGGAGCAAGGUUCGGGCCGAAAGGAACAGCGCUAGGGAGGAAGGAAGACAGCUCAGAAUAAAAUUGGAGAUGACGAUGAAAGAAUUGAGUGCACUGAAGAAGAAGCAGAGUUUGCCACAUCAAAAGGAGGUAUUAGAAACUACCCAAGACCUGAAGCAUCCUACUUUCAUGGAAGUGCCUUCUGCACAGAGAGACCCAUUUCACCUUGGUUCACAAACGUGGGAGUCUAUCAGAGAGUGUCCGGUAAAAAGAGAAUUUCCUACAAAGGAGAACCCGGAUAAUAAGGAAGAAGGUUUGAAUAUUGACCAGUUAAAAUUAAAUGAAGAGAUGAAACUCAAUCUUAACUGUCCUGAUUCAUUAAAAAAUGUUUCUGAAAACGGUACACUGAAAUCUGCAUUAAGACCACAAGCAAUAAACCUGCCUUUGAAGAAUAAAGUGCCUGAAAUUUCAGCUUUGCAGGUACAUCUGGAUGAGUUCCAAAAGGUUUUAUGGAAAGAAAGAGAAAAGCGCUCGUCUUUGGAAAAAGAAAUCGAACGACUGGAGUCAGCUUUGUCUGUAUGGAAAUGGAAAUAUGAAGAACUGAAAGACUCAGAGCCAAAAAAUCUGAAAGAGUUUAACAUUAUUCCUGGUCAACAUGAAAAUGAAAUGAAAGAAAUAUCGGGAGAUAUAAAAGAAGAAUCAAAAUCUCAAACCGGCAAGGAUAGAGUGAUCUACGAGUUAAGAGCUGAGCUAGAGAGAUUGCAAGCUGAAAAUAUCUUGGAGCGGGACAAGAGGGAAAUACUUGAAACAGAAAAACAAGGACUGGAAAGAGAAAAUAGAAGGCUAAAGGCCCAAGUGGAAGAAAUGGAAGAGCUUCUGGAGAGGAGAAAUGUAUUAAGUGCAAACUCUCCAGGUCCUGACUUCAAGACCUCACAAAUUGAACUGCAGGAAAAAAAUCAAGGAACUUUUAGGAGGACAGAGAGGAGAGGAGAGAAGAGAGGACAAGAGAAGACAAAUGAGGGAAAAAGAAGGGAAAAGUGGAAUUUAUGCCGACUAUAAAGGGAAACGCAGUAAGCAUCAGUGACUCCUAUUCCCCGCUCCCCAAAUCUUCCGGCAACAGCAAGUCUGCGUUCUGUUUCUACGGAUUUACCCAUCGAGAUAUUUCAUGGGAUCAUACAACAUGGAACAUUUUGUGUCUGGCUUCUUUAACAUACACAAGAUUUCAGGGUUCGUGUGUACAUCAGUUCUUCAUUCUCCUUUUUGGUCGCAUAGUAUUUGAUUCCAUGGAAAUACGACAAUUUGUUCAUCCGUUUAUGUGCUGAUGGACACCUGGGUUGUUUUCAUCAUUUGGCUCUUUUGAACAAUGUUAUUAUAAACAUGUAUGUACAUCCGUUUAUUUGAGUACCUGUUUUCAAUUAUUUUAGGCAUGUAUCUGGGAGUAGAAUUUCAGGGUCCUAUGGUAGUUCCAUAUUUAAUGCUUGGAGGAAUCAGCUCCCCACAGUGGCUUAGCCAUGACAUUCCUGUCACAGUUUAUGAGAGUUCCGAGCUCUCCAUAACCUCAGAAACGUUGGUUUUGGUUUUGUCUUUUUAAAAUUAUACUCAUGCAAAUGGCUGUGUAGUGUGGUAUCUGAUGGUGGUUUUGCUUUGCAUUUCCCUCAUGAUUAAUGAUAUUAAAAAUCUUUCUAUGUGCUUCUAUAUCCUUUUUGGAGAAAUGUCUGUUCAAAUUCUUUGCC